UCCGCUGGCGUUCCGGGCUGCAGGGCGGACCUCCCAGGCUGGGGCUGGGGCGGGGGCGGGGGCGGGCGCCGACGGAGCGGCACUGCGUACUGCGCGCCCUGCAGCUCCGGGGACAGGCCGAGAUGCGGCUGCUCCUGUUCGUGCCCCUGCUGCUGGCCCCGGCGCCCGGGUCCUCGGCUCCCCAGCUGAGGCAGCAGAGCGACACCUGGGGUCUCUGGGGCAACUGGAGCCCCUGCAGCCGGACCUGCGGAGGGGGCAUCAGCUUCCGGGAGCGCCCCUGCUACUCUCAGAGGGGAGAUGGGGGCUCCAGCUGCGUGGGCCCGGCCCGGAACCACCGCUCUUGCCGCACCGAGAGCUGCCCCGAGGGCGCCCGGGACUUCCGGGCCGAGCAGUGCGCGGAGUUCGACGGCCGCGAGUUCCAGGGCCGGCGGUACCGGUGGCUGCCCUACUAUCGGGCCCCAAACAAGUGUGAACUGAACUGCAUUCCCGAGGGGGAGAGCUUCUACUACAAACACAAGGAGGCCGUGGUAGACGGGACGCCCUGUGAGCCGGGCAAACGGGACGUCUGUGUGGAGGGCAGCUGCCGGGUUGUUGGCUGUGACUACAACCUAGACUCGUCCAAGCAGGAGGACAAGUGUCUGCAGUGUGGGGGUGACGGCACGACCUGCUACCCUGUCACAGGCACCUUUGAGGCCAAUGACCUCAGCAGAGGCUACAACCAGAUCCUCAUAGUUCCCAUGGGGGCCACCAGUGUCCUCAUUGAGGAGGCAGCUGCCAGCAGGAAUUUCCUGGCGGUGAAGAACAUCCGUGGACAGUACUACCUCAACGGGCACUGGACGGUCGAAGGUGCACGGGUCCUGCCAGUGGCCAGCACCUUCCUGCACUACGAGCGGGGCGCCGAGGGGGACCUGGCGCCUGAGCGGCUGCACGCGCACGGUCCCACCUCAGAGCCCCUGGUCAUUGAGCUCAUCAGCCAAGAGCCCAACCCUGGUGUGCGCUACGAGUACCACCUGCCCUGGGGCGCCCCCCGGCCCGGCUUCAGCUGGAGCCACGGCUCCUGGAGCGACUGCAGCGCUGAGUGUGACGGAGGUCACCAGUCCCGCCUGGUCUUCUGCACCUUCGACAACGAGGCCUACCCUGACCACAUGUGCCAGCACCAGCUGCGGCCGGCUGACCGCCGCCCCUGCAGCCCUCACCCUUGCCCGCAGACCAAGCGGACCUCUUACCUGUACCAGCCCAGGGCGUGGUGCCUAGCUGAGGCCCAGCGUGUGUGCGGGAACAGCUGGAAGACGGGGCCCUGGGCGCCCUGCUCAGCCUCUUGCGGAGGCGGCUCCCAGUCCCGUUCUGUCUACUGCGUCUCGUCCAGUGGGGCCGGUGUCCAGGAGGCUGCCGAGGAGGCUGAGUGCGCAGGCCUGCCUGGGAAGCCCCCUGCCACGCAGGCUUGCAAUCUGCAGCGCUGUGCAGCCUGGAGUGCGGGGCCCUGGGGAGAGUGCUCUGUCAGCUGCGGUGCAGGGGUCCGGAGGCGGAGCGUCACUUGCCAGGGUGACGAGGGGUCUCUGCUCCAUGCCACAGCGUGCUCCUUGGAGGACCAGCCCCCACUCACUGAGCCCUGUUUGCAUGACGACUGUCCCCCCAUCAACGACCAGGCCUGGCACGUAGGCGCCUGGGGUCUCUGCUCCAAGAGUUGCAGCUCGGGCAUGCGGAGGCGCCAAGUCCUCUGUACCAAGGGGCCGCCUGGCUACUGCAGGAGCCUGCAGCUGUCCAAGCCUGUGGACGUGGAGCCCUGCAACACGCAGCCCUGUCAUCUUCCUCCGGAAGUCCCCAGCACGCAGGACAUGCACAGCAGCCCCAGGGACCCCUGGAUGUCUUUGGGCCCUUGGGAGGCCCCCACCUCAGAAUCGAGAAACCAGUGGUGGGCACCCCAGGAGCGACCCUCAGCCCAGGGUAACCCCAGAAGAGAUCCAGACCCCCACCUCCCAGCCCUGGGCUUAGCCCCCUCCCUGCAGCCAUCCCCACACCAGCAGCCCCUGCAGUCUGGCCUGGGGCCUCGUGAUUGCAGACACAGCCCCUACGGGUGCUGCCCUGAUGGCCACACUGCAUCUCUUGGGCCAGAGUGGCAAGGCUGCCCUGGGGCCUCUUGUCAGCAGAGCAGGUACGGGUGCUGCCCUGACGGGAUGUCUGUGGCUGAGGGGCCCCAUCAGGCUGGCUGUGCAAGGUCUUACGGCGGUGAUGCCAGGAACAGGCUGGGGUCAAGAGCAGUGGCUUCCACAGUCCCCAAGGCCCACUGGCCCCAGGCCCAGCAGAAUGAGCCUAGUGAGUGCCGGGGCUCCCAGUUCGGCUGUUGCUAUGACAACGUGGCCUCGGCAGCUGGCCCGCUUGGGGAAGGCUGUGUGGGCCAGCCCAGCUAUGCAUACCCCGUGCGGUGCCUCCUGCCCAGCGCCCAUGGUUCCUGCACAGACUGGGCUGCCCACUGGUACUUCAUUGCUUCCGUGGGCCAGUGUAACCGCUUCUGGUAUGGCGGCUGCCAUGGCAAUGCCAAUAACUUUGCCUCGGAGGAGGAGUGCAUGAGCAGCUGCCGGAGGCCCCAGCUUGGGCCUCACCGACCUGAGCCUGGAGCCUCUGGCCAGAGCACCCACAGAGAUGGUGGUGGCAGCAGUCCUGGAGGUCAGCAGGAAGCCAACCAGCACAGGAUGGAGGCCACAGUCCAGAGAAAGCCCUUUCCUUCUGGUGGCCGCCGGUGGCAAGACAGACAGCCUGGGCAGGAGGAGGCCCACCACACCCAGGCCCUUGGAGAACGACCCUGGGGCCAGGAGCUUGGGCCCAGUGCCCCUAGGCAGGGCGGAGAUGCCGGGCGGCCAGCGCCCCCCUCCCAGAGCUCCUCAUACAGGAUUACCUUGGCAGGCUCGGAGCUCUCCCCGGUGCAGGUGGCCCUGGGGCAGUUGGUACGGCUCUUCUGCCCAGAUGACCCCUCCCUGGAUUCCCAGGCCUGGUGGCAGAAAGAUGGGGGACCCAUCUCCUCUGACAGGCACAAGCUGCAGCCUGAUGGCUCCCUGGUCAUCAGCCCUCUGCGGGCAGAGGAUGCUGGCACCUACAGCUGUGGCGGGACCAGGCCAGGCGCUGACUCUCAGAAGAUCCAGCUUCAAAUCACAGGGGGUGACAUGGCUGUGCUGUCUGAGGCUGAGCUGAGGCACUUCCCUCAGACCAGGGACCCAGCCCAGGGCCGCAGUCCUCAGGACUCCAGCCUAGGGGGGGAUGCUGAGGGCCUGGGGGCCACUUCCUCCUCACACCCAUGGCCCACAACCAGGCUGCGUCUGGACCGGAACCAGCCUGGGGUGGUGGAUGCCCAUCCAGGCCAGCAGAUCCGGUUGAUUUGCCGUGCUGAGGGCUUCCCACCCCCAGCCAUCGAGUGGCAGAGAGAUGGGCAGCCCCUCUCUUCUCCCAGACACCAGCUGCAACCUGAUGGCUCUCUGGUUAUCCGCCACGUAGCCGUGGAAGAUGGUGGCUUCUAUGCCUGUGUUGCUUUCAACGGGCAGGACCGAGACCAGCGAUGGGUCCAGCUCAGAGUUCUGGGGGAGCUGACAAUCACAGGGCUGCCCUCUACUGUGACAGUGCCGGAGGGUGACACAGCAAGGCUGCUGUGUGUGGUGGCAGGAGAAAAUGUGAAUAUCAGAUGGUCCAGGAAUGGGCUGCCAGUAUGGGCUGAUGGCCACCGUGUCCACCAGUCCCCCGAUGGCACACUGCUGAUCCACAACCUGCGGGCCAGGGAUGAGGGCUCCUACACGUGCAGUGCCUACCGUGGAAGCCAGGCAGUCAGCCGCAGUACCGAGGUGAAGGUGGUCCCGCCGGCACUGGCCGCCCAGCCGAGGGACCCUAGCAGGGAGUGCAUCGACCAGCCGGAGCUGGCAAACUGUGAUUUGAUCCUGCAGGCCCAGCUCUGUGGGAAUGAAUAUUACUCCAGCUUCUGCUGUGCCAGCUGUUCCCGUUUCCAGCCUCAUGCCCAGCCCAUCUGGCAGCAGGGAUGAAGGCUAGCUCCAGCUCCAAUUCUGAAACAACUAGUAGGGCUGGGAAGAAGGGAAGAUAGAUUCUUGGUCACCCCUCUCUGGCUGUCAGAGAGAGUUAUCUUCUGGAGACAAUGGCCCUUUCACACACACCCAACCCCUACCCAGUGUUUGGCCACAGCAGCAGCAGCCUCUCUCUGUAGUCCCCAGCAGUGUUUGCAUCUCUGACAUAACCACAGGUGGCUGCUGAGUUGUCAAGAAGAGGAAUCUGUUUGGAUAAGGACACCCUAUACUUUCUAACUUCCCUCUAUAAUUUCUGAUACACAGGAUCGGUUCACCGUGUUUUAAAGCAAGCUACCAGGGUUCUCACUUCAUUUAAAGCUGGAUGGGGAGGUGUGUAAUGCUUUCAAAGUUAACACGUAUCUCAUAGGGGAAUACCGGCUCCUGCUGUGUCAGGGAAGUAUUCUUUGACCUCAGAUGAGAUCUAGUUCUAGCAAACAGUGGUCCAUUGCUCCAGUCUCUCUCCAAAUCCCAUGUGUGUGUACAGUUAAAAGCACGAUGUUUGUCAAAGCUCUCAGCAAAGUGGAAUGUAAUGUAAGGCUCAGCAUAGGGACCUGGGAUGAAAGAGCAGCAGUUGUAUUAUUAUCUCAGCAAGAAAGAACUGGAAAAACUCCUUACUGUCAUCAGGAAGCUGCAGCCUGAAGCCCUCCUCCUGAGGCCGACAUGCAGAACCUGGCUGUGAGGAUCCUCUCAGACCUGUAUUGAGCUGAUGGGCUUGCUCUGUACAGUGACCAACGAGGAGCCUCUCCUCCUCAAGUAGGAAUCUGUGAAGCAAAAUGUUUGCUGCCAGAUAAAAACCAAACUAUUAUUAAAAACAGCAUCAGCAGGAUGGGAGGACCAAUGGAGGGAAGGGCAAAUGUAACACCAGGGAAGUGGUUUCAGAAAUGGUUUGUUGGAGGAAGUCGUUCUUCAUCUCUCAGAACCUCCAACUCCUUGCUGUAAAAUAAGAGGCCUGGAUUCAAUGAGCUUCUGAGUCCCUUUCCACUUGAACCUUCUACAAAUUCUCCAGAGGGCUGGCUGGGCCUAGUAACAGCGGUUAUUCUCGGACACAGGAAAAACAGGCAUUACAGGGACUAAGGCUCUGAAAAGUGACUUUUAUUACCAACACACUGGCUGGAAGAGAGAAAACUGCGUCAUGGGUGAGUGACACUUCUUGGUCCACCUCUCAUUCAACAAAGGAAACAUGGGCCAGGGGCAGAGAUCUUUUUUUCUUUCCAUUUUAAAAAGUUUUGAGGAGCAUCCCAUUUCAUUUACCAUGGCUGGUUUUGCUAUAGAAAUUGGAAAAUAAGGGCCACUUUCUUGGACUCCUCAGCUCUUUAAUUAAACCUCUAUUUGGUCAAUUGGUGACAUGCUUUGGAAGGUAAGUUUGAGAUUAGCUCUUCUUAGAACUAGUCACAGAAUAGUGUGCUAAGGUUAGAGGUGAGAGUAAAACUCAAUCUAGAUCAGUGGCUCUCAACCCUCUUCUAUAUUGGGAGCUUUUAAACAACCUGGGGUUCCACUCCCCAGAGAUUCUGAUUUAACUGGUCUGGAGUAUGUGCUGGGCAUGAGGAUUUUAAAAGCUCCUCAAGUGAUUCUAACAUGUAUUCAAGGUUGAGAAUCGCUGCUCUAGCCCCAGACUUCUCAGAAUGUGAAUGUUGUUGAAAUGCAGCCUGAUUACUAGGUCUGGGGUGGGGCUGAGAUUCUGUCUCUCUAACCAGCUCCUAGGAGAAGUCCAUGCUGCUGUUCCAGACCACACUUUGAGCAACAGGAAUCUGACGUUAGAGAUGUGCUUAGGGUCAACCAAAGCCUAAAGAAUGAAUACCAAUAUGAAUUUUAAGAAUAUAACACUCCCAAAAAAAGACUUUCUAGACACCAAACUAGAGAUUUGCAGCAGCAGUAGACUGGAGAGAGAACAAGACCAAAAAGAACUAAAAAAAUUCCAUUUGCUAAUAAAGCAAAGGGGAAAGAACAGCCCUGCAUGAGCAAAAGCUUCUACCACGAACAUUUAUUUUUGUUAAAGCAGAUUAUAAAUUCUCAUCAGUACAAAUAUAUAUAACUCACAUUUGAUUGUAAGGCCAACGUUCAAAAGUAAAAAUGAGAUGGGAUCUCACGUGUUACCAGAGGUCAAGUGGCUGCAACUGGCAAUGGGAUGUUUGCUCACCACGGGGCGGGUGAAGGACACACAGACAGACACACACACAUAGCUAAUAAAACCAGAAUCUCCAUCCCCACAAAACUUGUGGGGACAAAACUUAAAGGACAAACAAAACCCACCAAGACCCACAUGACAAACCAACACAGUAACCUGCGUUCCUGUCUAUGGAUAUGAUUAUGUCAUUGUCACCUUAGUGUUAAAGGAUUAACAUAAGGAAACUGCAGCAAUAUAUAAAAGAAAAUACAUAAUCUCUAUAGAGCAUAUUUAGAUUGAUUCCAUUAAAAUAAUGACGUUAGAAUUUCAUUAUAGGUUUAAAACCAGGAGAAUACUGCUCUUUCAUUUUCUUUAUUUAAAACUACACCCUAGUGACUGUAUUGGUCAUAAUCAUGAUUGUUGUUGCAAAGUGCUACUUACAAUGAAUGAUACCACAUAAUUUGCUAGGGAUCCCGUCUGCAACUUCCAGCCUUUCCUCUUUAUCUUCAAUAGGCAUCAAUGAUAAAGCAAUCUUAUGUACAAUUUCUUACAGCUAACCCUUUUACCUUUGGCAAGAUUACUUACAACUCAUACAACUUUUUAAUAUUGAGAACUAUUUAAAAUAUUCUAAAUGCAUAAAAAUAAAGAUUUUGGCUUUUUUGUAUAUAUUUAUAAUAUUCUUACUCAAAAUGGAAGCUCAACUUAACCCCUAAAAUAUAGCUCUGCUGGGCAGCUGCCGAUGAGCCCUCCUGGGAAUUCUGGCAGUGCAGCCUGCCUCUCGUCCCAAGCCCAAGCACAGGCCACCCUGUUCUUGAUCUCUAAGACAGGCCAGCACUGAGAGGAGGCAGGUGAAUGGCCUGAAAAACAAAGGGAGAUCAUUUUGCUUCCUGUUGUGUUUUAUAUUCCAGUAAAUGUGCUUUGAAUACAGAUUCCUGUUCAGAUAUGUUGCCUCUCUGUUGCCAGAGAUUUGUAAGGGGCUGACGAAGGGAAAAGAGGGCAACAUUUCCGUGACUUCUUUAACCUAACUGCAAGACAGCUCUUCUCUAGGAAUGGUUUUCUCCAAUUUUUUCACAAUCAGCCCUCAUUGCACUCUGUGCCUGGACUUGCUUCUUGGGGACCUUUGGGAUUAGUGAAAAGUACACUGAUGGGGAACAUAAAGUCCCCUUUGCUCCUUUGACGUCCACCCCCCGCCCUUGCCUAAGUAUGGACAAAAUACAUAAGCCAUAGGGACUGCUUAAAGUUCAA